AUGGCUGCUGAGUUGGACUUCUCCCCACCUGAGAUCCCUGAGCCCACCUUCAUGGAGAAUGUGCUGCGCUAUGGACUCUUCUUUGGAGCCAUCUUCCAGCUGAUCUGUGUGCUUGCCAUCAUCCUGCCCGUCUCCAAGUCCCAAAAGGCAGACUCAGACAGUUUUGAACCUAAGAAUUCAGAGACAGUGAAGAAACCGAAGGCAACUGCUCCACAGACAAGCAAGAAACCCAAGAAGGAGACCAAAAAGAAACGAUAAAGACAUGACCAAUGAGCCUCAAAGACAAAACAGUCACCUAUAAGCAUGCUUCCUUGGAGAUGACAUCAAAGGCAACUGACUAUCUCAAAUGGUUUUCUGGCAUUGUCAUGCUUUACCUUUCAGAAGCAAAGGACAAGGAACUCGUAAGAGUGGAAGGGGUGAGGUUCUGCCAUAGAUUUCUUACAAGCAAAAAUGACUUCACUGACAUCAUUAGUGUGCUGGUCACCAUAAAAGUGAGUUCUCUCAUCUCUGAUGAGUGUAGAGACCUGUUGUCCUGGCUUCUCCAUACUGGCUAGGACUUGUAGUGAAGUCCCAGCAGAAGGUGGAGCAUGGGUUUGGUGCUUUGGAUGCCGGUUUGUGUUGUAUUUUUUGAAGGCAGAGGGAUCAAAUGGAUCAAGGAGACCACACUACACAGCUUUGUAUUCAUCUCUGUUGUCAUCUAGUCUGAAAUACACAGCUGCAUUUUAUGGCUUAAUAA